AUGGGCAUGGGUCCGGACUGGGGUGCCGAUACGGCGCUCGACCCUUCCUUCGGGUUCACGACCGAACUCGACGAGGCGCCGUCGCUCUACGGUGCCAUGUGGGCCCUGUCACCACCUCCACGACGCCCGGUUCCUUCUUUGCGGAUAUGCGCCGAGAGUAUUCUCAAAUUGCACGUGUCGGGUGAGUUUCGACGGCUGGCAGGCGUAUCGACAGGGUGGCUCUUGCUGAUUCCAAUACCAAACCCCGUCGUCAACGGAAUCAGGCAUCACCGAUAUCGGCGACUGCAACUACGAUCUCAUCAAAAAUAUACUCGCCCUCUUCCCUGCCGAACAACUUCACCUCAUUGAGACUAGAUCACCUCAUAUUUCCGAGCAUACAGGGCGUGAGUCACUCGGAGGGGGGGGGGGGGCUAAGCAAAUUCUUCCGAUCGAUUAAAAAAAUGCUCGGAGGCUCAUUGUUUCAUCUAAUCUGGUAUUUCACAGCACUAUGGAAAAAGCUUUGCGUCAAAGACUUUGUCAACAUCCGUAUUCAAGUCGAGGAUGGUACGAUGAAGCAUGAGCCUGCGAGUUGGCGGGAUUUACACGUAGAAGAGACCAAGCGACGAGACGUGAGUUCUACCGCAGUUCGUAUUCUGCCGUGUUCAUACUCCCACCUCUGACACCUUUGUCAAUCGCGCUGGGUGUGUUUUGCUAGGCCAAGAUGGAGGCUGUACAAGCUCGUAUGCGCACGCAGUACAAGGGCUACAGCGAGGGCCGAGCGACGACCAAUGUCGUCGAUGGCGUCCAGAUGGCUAAAAGGCGCAAGAUCGCAGCCAACAUGACUCAUCAAGGUCAGUGAUGAAAACGGACACAGCUUUGUUCGUGUCUCAGAUGGCUAACUCUCUCUGUACGCUUGAAAUUCCAGGCUCCCGACCCAAGUCCUUGAUGCAGAAAGCGAGAGCGCAGACCGCGCAGAUUCGCUCCAUCUACACCACACCUAGGCAUCAGCUUCCUCCGUCCAAAUCAUCCUCUUCCUCCUCGACCACAUCAUCGUCCAAGAAAGAACCGGCUCCAGCUCUGGCUCCUUCGAAAGCUUUCGCGAUCAAAGCGCCAUCUCGGAAAGCGCAGAAUAAUGUCAAAUUAACAACGACGACCAAGACAGUCAAGUGGGUCCUGCCGGGCGACUCAACCUCGGGUGGUGAAUCGCUCGAUGAACCACGGCCGAAUCCAAGUUCGAACAAAGGGAAAGCGUGUUCCCCUCCUCCGAUUUCAGCCAUGGCGUCUCGGCCGAUUGCUCGGUUGCCGAGUCGACCUCAGACGAUCUCGCCAGCCGGCAGCCCUCCUCCACCCGCCAAGAUCUUUCAUCCUACGUCUCCAAUGAUCGAUCUGACCAAGCCAAGAUCGGUUUCUGCCUUGUCACCUCCUCCCAUCUCAUCGCGAUCAACCGUGGUACCACCGACGCACCCACCUAGUGUCGCCUCUCAAACCUCGCUCAACUCGUUGUUCCUCAAGCCCAGGCCGAAACGCAAAUGA